GUGAUAUGAUUUCGCGUGAUUUACUAAGUAGAAAUAAGAAAAAGAAAAGCGUUGUCGCGUCACGCGCGUCGCUGGGAGGUGACGUGGCGGUGACGUCGCGGAGGGGACGUUGUUGUUUUUGCUCGUCUGUUGAAGCAGUGGAUCCGCAGCCGGUGAAACCAGAGUCUCUGGUCCCGGAAUAAAGACAAUACUGUGCCAAUGAGUCUCUCGUGCAGUUGAGGCUGUAGUUGAUGAAGGAAUGGAGGUGCUGGACAGUCCUCUCAAUCUCGCCCAUCAACAGUGCAGGAAAGCAGACCGCUUGCUGGCUGCAGGAAAAUUUGAAGAUGCCAUCUCCUGCCACAGAAAAGCUGCAGAACUUCUCAAGGAGGCCAUGAAGCUCACCGAGUGUGAACAGGCUCGCUUGUCUCUGGAGCUUCAGAGGGACAGUCACGUCAAGCAGCAGAGGCUGAUCGAGGAGCAAUGGAAGCGAGCAAAGCGAGAGGACAAGCCCAGAACACUCCAGCACGUUACCCCCUCAGACCAGACGCCACGCCACCUACAGCCGGCCGGAGCAACCACAGACGUCUCCCAACCCUCCGAACGAGAGUACGACACCUGGCUGUAUCUUCUGAAGAACAAAGGCACUGUCCCUGAGCCCUGCGCCGGCAGUAAAGCCCAGAAAGAUGACAAGACCCGUUUAGAAGAGCAGCAGACCACCAUCGAUGACCUACGCAACCUGGUGGACCGACUGGUGUCUGAAAACGAGCAGCUGAAACGGGAGAACGAGCAGCUGCGGGCAGAGAAUGCACGGCUGAAGAAGGAACCCUACGCCGAUGCCGACUUCGUGGAGCGGUCGGAGCUAUGGGUGCUUCCACAGACGGCAGAGGAGCGCAAGGCCAAGGACAUUCCCAUCCCACAGCUCCCUCCACUGGAGAUGCCCACUCAGGAGAUCUCUCUAGAAGACCUGCCCGGCCUGGAGCUUCCUGAGGACAUCCAGCAGGAACUGCAAGAGCUUCUGGAUGGGGAGAAGCUGUGACCACUCGCGCUCAAAACACGCACCAAAGGGAGACUUCGAUCGCCGUUGUGCCAGCGAACAUGCAGAGGAAGCACGGCGAAGCAGCCCGGUGGCGUAAAUGACGGUUCUCGCAACCGUCGGGUUCACGACUUCUCAGUGGCGCCCCGUAACGACUGGAUGUGCAAAGAAAGAAAACAACUCUUUUUGAAGUACGUGUGCCUUUUCUAAUGCAUUUUUUGUUUUUGUUUUUUUUGUUAUGAAUUACGAGUGAAAAGGGAUAUCGAAGAUUCUGUCGAACACUAUGUUAUCAGACUUUUUAUCAGCAGGUGAAUUUGCCUCUUGCAAAAUCCCACUUUCAAUCGAAGUUAUUUCCUACACAGACACUGUGAACUACAUGUGUGUGUGUGUGUGUGUGUGUGUGU